GUCCCUAAUACAAGCCAACUCUCAUAUCUACAAUUCUACAUCCCACUCUUCAGUCUUCACUGACUCCACCGCACUCUCUUCCACUCUCAAAACGCGCGCGAAAACCCUUACGCAACUCAUUCAACAGUCCAAUCGCUCGAAAAAAUGCCGGAGCUACCGGAGGUGGAGGCGGCGAGAAGAGCCCUGGAGGAGCAUUGCUUGGGCAAAACUAUCAAGAAGGCUGUCGUCGCUGAUGACUCCAAAGUCAUCGACGGAAUCUCUCCCUCGGAUUUACAGUCCGCUCUCGUCGGCAAAACCAUAGUCGCCGCCCUCCGUAAGGGCAAGAAUAUGUGGCUGAAGCUCGAUUCCCCUCCUUUCCCUUCCUUCCAGUUCGGAAUGACGGGUGCCGUGUACAUAAAGGGAGUGGCUGUCACAAAAUAUAAGAGGUCUGCGGUAAACGAUACUGAUGAGUGGCCUUCCAAAUUCUCGAAGCUUUUCGUUGAACUAGAUGAUGGUUUGGAGUUCUCUUUUACGGAUAAGAGGCGGAUGGCUAAAGUCCGUUUGCUCAAUGAUCCUGCUUGUGUUCCCCCAAUAUCGGAGCUUGGUCCCGAUGCACUUCUGGAGCCAAUGACAGUUGAUGAACUUCAUAAAUCAUUGAGCAAGAAGAAGGUUGCAAUUAAGGCUCUAUUGCUUGAUCAGGUUUUUAUAUCUGGAAUUGGCAACUGGAUUGCAGACGAAGUUUUAUAUCAAGCCAGAAUUCAUCCUCAGCAGAUUUCUUCGAGCUUGUCUAAAGAAUACUGUGCAACUCUGCACAAGUGCAUCAAGGAGGUUAUUGAACAAGCAGUAGAAGUUGGGGCAGACAGUAGUCAGUUCCCUAAGAACUGGAUAUUCCAUUCACGUGAAAAGAAGUCUAAGGCUUUUGUGGACGGGAAGAAGAUUGAGUUUAUCACAGCUGGAGGGAGGACAACUGCCUACGUACCGGAAUUGCAAAAGCUAACUGGAGACCAGGCUGGGAAAGAGCAACCUGCACCCAAGCAGAAAGCUCCUAAGAGAAAGAAGGGAAAAGAUGAUGAUGAUGAUGACGGCAAUGAUGGUGAAAAGGAAUCAGAAAGUGACGAAGAGGAAACUUCCACAAAGGCCCAAUCCAAUAGAGCCUCGAAAACCAGAGGUCGUGCUAAGAAGACUUCUGCAGACAAUGGUGGUGAUAGUGAUGAACCUCAGAAGAAGACACCUGGAAAGACGAUCAAUAGCAAACAAACUAAGGCCGGGAAGAAGGCAUCAGAAGGCAAGGCCAGCAAGGAAAAUGGCAAGAAGCCAAAGAAGACUGCAGCUUAGAUCAUGUUAUAACACACUGAGCUGGACCGGCAAGCACUUUUGGCAUGUAAAAAAUCUAGGUCUUCUUUAGUUUUAUAAGCAUCUGUUUUUGGCAGUCAUGCUUAUGAGCUCUCCAGCAAUCCCUGUUUUGAGUUCGUUUUAGUAGGUGCUGAUGGCUUUCGUGAAUGGCGAGUGACUGUAAAAGGGCUCAUUUUAGACUCUGCGUGUUUUAAGAACACUAGAAUCAUGUGGAUCUUCAAUCAGUAGUACCAGAUGGUUCAGCCUUUCUCUUGCGGAAAUCCUUUACAAUCAAAGGCGAAAUCAUAA